GAACCAACACGACCUGGAGCCCUCGUCAGAAGUUGAGAUUGCCAGCACCCAACAAGUAUUCACCAUGGCUCAGAGAUCUCUGUUAGACGUGCUUACCUCCGUCACCAAGGUGCCUAAGUCGAACUCUGACGCGUACACCAACGAAGGGCCUCUGCUCCAGCAGCCUGUCGGCGACGCUGCCUUUGGCGGUUCCAUCAUCAGCCAGGCCCUGUCAGCAGCCUUGGCCACCGUUGCAGCAGGCUUUGACGCCUACUCAUCCCAGUCUUCGUUUCUGAGGCCCGUCAAGGCCACCGCGAAGGUGACAUAUCACGUUGACCGGGCCGCCGACGGCCGCACUUUCGCAACUCGCCUUGUGCGAGCUACCCAGGGCGACUCUGGCCCCUGUCUUUACGUCGCCAUCAUCUCGUUCCAGAGGCGGAGCACUGCACAGGACGCAACGCCAAGGUAUGCCGAUCGCCCACCAGAACUCGGAGGAUUACGCCCCUACGAUGCAGCCCGAUUCGACCUCCAACAGGUUGGUUUUCAGAUCAACAGCGACCAACUACCAGCCAACAUGCAUGGUGAAACCCCCUUUGAUUGGAGGUUACUACCUUUCAAGCCCCCGAAUGACGAUCUCUCACAAAUUCGCGCCCACGGCUUCGUCCGGUUCUCAACGCAGAAUGGUACUGCUCACCUGCCCUCGAUGGCCCUGUUGUCAGACCAGUCGCUUCUCGAGCUGGUCAGCUUCGCAAACUGGGGCUCUGUCAGCAAAGACAUUCGCAGCUUGGCUAUGAACACAACACUGAACUGUCAGGUCUCCUUUCACGUCCCGGCGGUGGAGAGUACUACUGGGUGGAUGAUAUGCGAAAGUCGUACGUCCUGGGGUGCGGGAGGCCGAAUAUCCACCCACCAACAGUUCUGGGAUCUUGAGACCGGUGUGCUCGUCAUGUCUUGCACUCAAGAUGCUCGGUUGUCUCAGCCCCAACAUGCAGCACUCUAACAACCUACCAACUCCCCUUUUCAUGCCAGGGUCACGCACGGAGAGGAAAUGCCCCGAGACUUGCUUGCCAACACGUCCAGGUACAGCCAAUCUAGUUGGCGGCGAAAAAGAAUAAAGUUUGGAACCAGGUCUUUUCUGAGCUGGGAUCUCCGGCUGUCAGACAAGUGUGGUAUUUGUGUGGUGGUGCUUGCCCGACCAACAAGGUCGGUUACUUGUCAACCAACGUGCGAAACUGGGCUGGGCAAUGAGGCGCAGGUUCUACUGUCGGCCAACGGCUAUUGGGACAUUUGUGCGCGGCACGUAGGACAAGAGCCAGCCCUGGACGCGCUCGGUUUUGCCUGAAGGAUUCGUCUCGGCGCAUGGGUCAGCCCUAUUGGCCCUUUAUCUUGACCAGAUAGUAUCCAUAUGGUACUCAAGCCCUCGAUUUUAAGCAAAGUAAUAGCAAAGGGACUUAUAAAUCCCUAGUUCUAAACUCAAGUAACUUAGAGCUAUAGUCUUUUAGCUGGGCGUCU